CCUGCCCUCCUCCUCCCCCUCCUCCCCCCACUGUCACCACUCACCGCUCUCGUAGCCUCGAGGGGGUGGGGACCCCAGGCCUAGACACACCCCACUGGAGUUCAGCUGGCCGGCCGGACGCACGCUUGGACGCAGGACCCCGGAGCCCUGAGGUGGGCAGUGUGCCAAGGCCCCUCGCAGCUCCUCAAGCCCCGUCCAGGUCCAGGCUAUGGGCAUCAAGACAGCACUGCCGGCCGCGGAGCUGGGCCUCUACUCGCUGGUGCUGAGCGGGGCCCUGGCCUAUGCUGGCCGGGGGCUGCUGGAGGCUUCGCAAGAUGGGGCUCACAGGAAGGCCUUCCGCGAGUCCGUGCGCCCCGGCUGGGAGUACAUUGGUCGGAAGAUGGACGUAGCCGACUUCGAGUGGGUGAUGUGGUUCACGUCCUUCCGCAACGUCAUCGUCUUCGCCCUCUCUGGACACGUGCUGUUCGCUAAACUCUGCACGAUGGUGGCUCCCCAGCUCCGCUCCUGGAUGUACGCCGUGUACGGGGUCCUGACCGUGCUGGGCACCAUGGGCCCGUGGUACCUGCUGCUGCUGCUCGGCCACUGCGUGGGCCUCUAUGUGGCCUCACUCUUGGGCCAGCCCUGGCUCUGUCUGGGCCUCGGCCUGGCCAGCCUGGCUUCCUUCAAGAUGGACCCCCUAAUCUCCUGGCAGAGUGGGUUUGUAACGGGCACUUUUGAUCUUCAAGAGGUGCUGUUUCACGGGGGCUGCGGCUUCACCGUGCUGCGCUGCACCAGCUUCGCGCUGGAGAGCUGUGCGCGCCCCGACCGCCGCUACUCCCUCGCCGACCUGCUCAAGUACAACUUCUACCUGCCCUUCUUCUUCUUCGGGCCCAUCAUGACCUUCGAUCGCUUCCACGCCCAGGUGAGCCAGGUGGAGCCGGUGAGGCCGGAAGGUGAGCUGUGGCGCAUCCAGGCCCAGGCGGGCCUCAGCGUGGUGGCCAUCAUGGCCGUGGACGUCUUCUUCCACUUCUUCUACAUCCUCACCAUCCCCAGUGACCUCAAGUUCGCCAGCCGCCUCCCAGACAGCGCCCUCGCUGGCCUGGCCUACUCCAACCUGGUGUACGACUGGGUGAAGGCGGCUGUCCUGUUUGGCGUGGUCAACACGGUGGCGCGCCUCGACCACCUGGACCCGCCCCAGGCCCCCAAGUGCAUCACUGCGCUCUACGUCUUCGCGGAAACGCACUUCGACAGAGGCAUCAACGACUGGCUUUGCAAGUACGUGUACGACCACAUAGGUGGGGAGCACUCUGCCGUGGUCCCAGAGCUGGUGGCCACCGUGGCCACAUUCGCCAUCACCACCCUGUGGCUGGGGCCUUGUGACAUCGUCUACCUGUGGUCACUCCUUAACUGCUUUGGCCUCAACUUUGAGCUCUGGGUGCAGAAGCUGGCAGAGUGGGGACCCUUCGCACGAAUUGAGGCCUCUCUGUCGGAGCAGAUGUCUCGCAGGGUCCGGGCCCUCUUUGGAGCCAUGAACUUCUGGGCCAUCAUCAUGUACAACCUCGUGAGCCUGAACAGUCUCGAGUUCACGGAGCUUGUUGCCCGGCGCCUGCUACUCACAGGGUUCCCCCAGACCACGCUGGCCACCUUGCUUGUCACUUACUGUGGUGUCCAGCUCGUGAAAGAGCGGGAGCGGACCCUGGCCCUGGACGAGGAUCAGAAGCAGGACAAAGAGAAGCCGGAGUAGGUGGGAUGGGGGGCGUGUUCCGCUCUGCUCUCCCCAGGCCCUCCACCCAGGCCAGGCCAGAGGGCCCUGACCGAUCAAAUAAAAGACUUUUCU